CAGUAGUACCAGUUACCAGUAACCAGUUACCAGUAGAUGACUCACUACCAACCGUCUGUGUGAAUCACUGACUGUUAUUCAUGUUGCUGCUGACCAUAGCAUAUUUUUGAAUGCCUCACCCGCUAGGCACUGGUGGGUCAGUCUGAGAUAGGGAGCAGAGAGAGAGGCAGGUCGGCUGUUGGCGCUUCCCACACUUCCCGUUAUAUAUUAUACGUACAAACCAGCCUACGUGAGUAUUUUUACCCCAUCCACGUUAUCGAACCCACAUGACACACGUGGGUACAUUUAACUCGUACAUUCUGUACAUAUAUCUCGUUCUAUCUGUGUAUAAAAGGCCGGUAGCUGUUACUGUGUUCGUUUUACAGGAUGAGCUGAGACUGCAGUCUUACCGACGUCCAGUGUACGUACCUAUCCCUGUCUACCAGCCCCUGCAGCAGCCCCAGCAAGGAGCACCCCAGAGUGGUCAGCUGCCCCAGCAAGGCCACCUUCCUCAGUAUAGCCAGUCCCAGCUGCCUCAGCACAGCCAGCUGUUGCAACCCGGGCAGUCCCAGCUGCAUCGCCACAAGCUGCCCCAGCACGGUAAGUCACAGCUGCCCCAAUACAGCCAGCCGCUUCAACAAGGCCAGCUGCCUCAGUACGAGCAACCCCAGCACAGUCAACUGCUGCCACCUGGCCAGCCCCAGCACAGCAAGCCCCAGUACAGCCAGCAGCUACAGACCACACUCGCAGAGCAAACCCAUCUGUCCCACUUUCCAUCCGCACAAUACAACCCAUUCCAGAGUUCAGGAGCUUCCAGAUCCCGUCGUGAGGCUGGGCUGUCUCCCGAGCACCUCAAGAACCUCAAGACUCUUAUCAUUGCUAAGAUCAGCAACAUUACCUGCGUCCUCAGGGAGCUCAAGCUGUUGGCCUCCAACAACCUGCCCAACUACUCUUACAUAGGAAAGGAGUUGUUAAGCCUCCCCGUGGAGGACGGCCUCAAGGCUGACCUCGGAGAGGCACUGCAAGAGUGCCGUGACCUCUCACUGUGUCUCCCCGUCCACAAAGACAAGCAUCCCAUCAACAAGGAGCUGGGCACUGUUCUCUCCUUCCUCAAGUGUAUGGCCAGGAAGAAGGUGGCUGUCUGCAUGAAGGCUGACCUCCAAAAGCACGCUGAGAAGACAGGCUGGGGCGGUGAGGACAGCAGUUACCUCUUCCUGGCCUCCUCUGGCCUCAUCAGUGGCCGCGAACACGACCCACUCUCUCUCAUGGAGGACAUCGGUGACAUGAUCUUCAGUACUGGUCCCUUUGACUUGUAGGAUCUUGUGUUGUGGACCUUGUGGUUCACCAGAGGUGGAGCAGUGGUCCGUCUGAGUUGGGGUAGUGGUCCAUCUGAGAUGGGACAGUGGUCCAUCUGAGUUGGGGUAGCGGUCCAUCUGAGAUUGGGUAGCAGUCCAUCUGAGAUGGGACAGUGGUCCAUCUGAGAUAGAGCAAUGAUCCAUCUGAAGUGGGCUAAUGGUCCAUUUGAAUGGGUAGUGGUCCAUCUGUGGUGGGGGUAGUGUUUCAUCUGAGGUUUGGUAUUAGUCCAUCUGAGGUGGGGGAAGUGGUCCACUUGAGCGAAGUAAUGGUCCUUUUGAGAUGGGGGCAGAGAUACCCAAUUAAAAUCUAAGAGUGGGUUAUAAAAGAGAAAGUCUGAGUUACUUUAAAGUAAGAUGAAAGAACCAUCUGAUGUGGGCCAAAACUUAAGGUAGGUCGUAGAUCCUCUUAAGGUGGGUCGUAGAUCCUCUUAAGGUGGGGUCGUAGAUCCUUUUAAGGUGGGGACGUAGAGCCUCUUAAGGUGGGGUCGUAGAUCCUUUUAAGGUGAGAUCGUAGAUCCUUUUAAGGUGGGGUCAUAGAACCUCUUAAGGUGAGGUCGUACCUCUUAAGGUGAGUCGUAGAUCCUUUUAAGAUGGGGUCGUAGAUCCUUUUAAGGUGGGGUCGUAGAGCCUCUUAAGGUGGGAUUGUAGAGCCUCUUAAGGUGGGAUUGUAGAGCCUCUUAAGGUGGGUCGUAAUCCUAUUAAGGUGGGUCGUAGAUCCUUUUAAGAUGGGGUCGUAGUUCCUCUUAAGAUGGGGUCUUAUAUCCUCUUAAGGUGGGUCGUAGAUCCUCUUAUGGUGGGGUCGUAGAAUUUUUUAACAAGAGGUCGUAGAGCUUCGUUACUACACAAUCUGAAGCUCAAACAUCAAUCAACUACACAAUUUCACCCCCGUGACAGAUUGUUGAUGGUUAACACCUGGCACUGUUAGUGAGCUCACAAAACGUCGCAGCUCAGAUGUUGCAACUCACAAGAUGUUGCAACUCAUAAGAGCUGACAACCCCUAGACAUUUGAGCCGCAAUAUGUUUGCAAACCAGCAUCUAGUAAGAUCAUUGAUGCUCGGCGGAUGUGUAGCGGUGUUUGCGUGAGCAAACACAAAGAAAAUGCUUUCAACAUCUGCAGAUUGAACAUCACCUAGAUCACACUUGUGUUAUUUUCAUAGGUGUUUUUAUGUUUCUGAACAAUAUGCAAAAUGUGAACUAAAUUUUUGUCAAGUGAUUUAUAUGAGCUGGAAGAAAAUGAAUGAUUUUUGUGUGUGUACAGAUGGACAACAAAAGCCUACAAGUGGCCAUUAAAUAAUGUAUUAAAAUGUUAAAAAAUACAAAUAAAAGUAGAUUUAC